AUGCCGUAUACAGCUGAUGUCUGAAAUGAAACACUUUGUCCUUAUGUAACCGACCCAGAGUUAAAAUGUUAUGAAAGCAGCAGUGGGUUGGACAUCAGACUGAUGUGUGUCUUUCUCUGAGGUACCCAGGCUGCAUUUCAAUGGGACCCCACUAAGCGGUUCUCAUCUGUAUAAAGUUUAUUUCUGAGGGACCAUCAUGCAGUUGGAAGCUCAGCUGCGUUUAUGUCAGAGAUGUCUUUGGUAUUGUAGGAGUUAUAAGCGCCUGAUCUCACUUUCUACUGUCCACAGGUCAUCAGCAAACUACUAUGACCUUCUUGGAGUGAAACCGGACGCCACGUUGGAUCAAAUAAAAAAUGCCUUUUUCGACAAGUCCAAAAAGAUACAUCCAGACAGUGACCUAACUAAUCCUGGUCUGCAUAGUCAGUUUGUGCAGCUGAAUGAAGCUUACAGGGUGCUGAGCAGAGAAGGUUCCAGACGGGACUAUGACCUCAAGCUGAGGUAUCGGUACGCUGGAGGUCAGGCCUUCGGGACAUCCACGUACAGCCCCAGUGGAGAGGCAUCAGACAACAUACGAUAUUGGGAGCAGUUCAGACAGGCCCAGCCUCAGGAGAACUCAUCCGAGAGUUGGGAAAAGAGAAAGAAGCGAAACAUGCGAUUAGUGGGAUACUGCGUGCUUACCAUGCUAGCUAGUAUAUCUGCACAUUACUUUGGGUUCAGGAAACUGGAAGAGGUCCACAGUAACUUCAUGGAUGAGAAAGACAGACUCAUCACUGAGAUCUACAAUAAAUCCAAAGAGCAAGCCAGAGUGAACGGCUUUAAGAAACAACAGGAGAUUUUGAGACAAAAACACACCGAGUUCCUGGAGAGAUACAAGAUUCGUAGCAACGGAGAAGAGAAGUGAAAUGAAGAAAGAGAAACUUUAUGGAGAGAGUGUGGACGAUUUAGUUUAAAGGGAGAGUUCAUCCAAAAAUGAAAAUUAUGUCAUCAUUUUACCACCCUCAGGUUGUUUUAAAUCUGUAUGAAUUACUUUUUUCUGAACACAAAAUAAGAUAUUUUGAUAAAUGAUGGUAACCAUUGACUUCCAUCGUAUUUAUUUUUCCUUCUAUGGAAGUGAAUGGCUACCAUCAGCAAUCAUUUAUUAUUCAGAAAUUUAGAUUUAGAACAACAUGAGGAGGAUUUUCAUCUUUGGGUGAACUAUUCCUUUAUUAUUUUGCAUUUAUAGUUUUUAACAAAUUUUUUGAUACUCAAAUAAGUGCCAUUAAAUGAAGCUGAAUCCAUCCAAAGGAUCAAAUGCUUACAAAAUUUUAUUUUUCGUAUGUAUUUAACUCUUUCACCGCCAGCGUUUUUAAAAAAAGUUGCCAGCCAGCGUCAGCGUUUUUCAUGAUUUUCACCACAGUUUAAUGCCUUCCAGAAAAUGUUCUUCUUUAAAUAUAUAAACAUACAAUAUACCAAAUGAAAGAACAGACCCUCUGCUUUCAAAAAAAAAAAAACGUUUCAUCCUACCUUCAGUGGUUCUUUUGUAAUCAGCUUUUGAAUAUGGGUAGGUUUCUGCAAAAAAAACACAUUUUGAGCAAAAAGCAGAGAUAAUUCCAUUUUUGUGACGGACUUUUCAUAGAGAUCCCAUUCAGAGCGAUCUUUAAAACAGACACGGACAUGCAGCCGCUUGCCAUAGGGCAAUACUUCCGGGUUUAAAAAGUUGCGGAUAAUAAAAUAAAAGUUGCGGCCACCUGGUGGAUAAUAGCGGUAUUGCGGAAAGAUGGAAAAUCUCGUCAUUGGCGGGGAAGCGGUUUCUCUUAAUUGACGAGAUAUCCCGUCAAUGGCGGGGAAAGAGUUAAAGAGUUUGGUUUCAAAACGCGUUUAACGGCAUUUAAAAAAAAUGUUACGGCCAAAAUCAGUAUUGUAUAAGGUCAGUAAUAAGAAGUCAAUUCGUCAUUUUACGCCAAAUCCGAUAUCCACCGUUUAAUUCUUUCAUCUUUUCUCUUUUUUUCCAAACCGCGAUAAAAGCCUGUCCUCCUUUUCUGCAGAAUGCAAUAAAUCUGCUCAACAAAUCACAGCGCACCAUUAGGGCUGGGUAUUGGCAAGGGCCUCACGGUACGAUACAUAUCACGAUACACGUGCCGUGCUACAGUGUAUCACGAUACGGUACAAUAUGGUGCAUGUUGUGAUACAUUGCAAUACUUUUUAUUUUUUAUCAAAAAUGUUUAAAAAAUAGAGCUGAAUUUUUUUUACUUUUUUUAAAGCCAACGUGCUUCCACACGGCUGCUUUGAAAGCGGCAGGUGUUUUUACAUUUUCUGCCAUUUUCUCACUCCUGCUAACUUCUGAGACAUUGGUUGAAUGGCCGUAUGUGACAGACAACUGGAUAGCGACAACUAGCAGUGGCGGAGGAGGUCGUUUGAAGCACACAGAGGGAUUUGAUGGUUUAAAAUAUCAAUAGUAGAGAUUAAAAUAUUGAUACACUAUCGUGGAAAAAUGUAUUGCGGUAGUUAUCUGUAUCGAUAUUUUUGCACAGCCCUACACACCAUUCAACGCUGGCGACUCGUUGAAUACACACCGAAUCCUAGUUUUCCUCAUCUACUUUGUACUUCGUAAUCAACAAACAAAAACAAAAUAAUACGUUUGAUGGCAUUGAUAAACCUGUGGUGGUUUUCUGUAACGUAAGCCAUCAAAAUCGAAUAAUUUACAUGAGAGGCACUCGGAAGACGGAAAAAUGUCGGCUGUUGCUUGUUCUCACACGACUGCAUCAAGCUUCUGUCAUGCUAACACAUUGACCCCAGGGGAUCUUAUGAAAAACUUUAUUUUAUUUUACUCAAAGUCAACAAUAAUCGAGCAGGACCAAAACAUUUUACAGCUGAUCGCUGUUAAAAAAAAUUCAGCGACGACAUCCCAAGGAUGACAGCAGCAAUGACAGGGUUCUUAAUAUGACAAAGUAAGUGUUUUGAUUAAUGCCAUUAAUGUUAAUUUUUUAAUCAGUGUAUACCACUAGUCAACUAAAUGAAUAUAACAUGGCAAAGAUGAAUGCACAUUUAUAUAUUGAUUCAAGAGAUUUAUAGCAUUUUGAAAAAAAACUUUGAUUUAUUGCAUUUUGCGGAAAAAAUAAUCAGUUUUUAUAAGAAAUCUUUGAAAAUCAAAUUAUUGAUUAGAAUUUUUAAUGUUAUUAUAACCUAAAGAUGCUAUGUGAAAGUUUGUAACAGAAAAUAGUGGUUUUCAUCUUGUCACUUUCUUAGUAUAGAAAACACAUUUUUCAAAAUGAGUCAAAAUGGAUUUAUUGCGUUUUGGAACCAAACUCUUCAUAUCUUCAAUCGACUUACAGUCAGAUUAAUGGCAGCGAAACAAACCAGGCUGAUUUUAGGUGAGUGUGGUUCACCUAAACCUGUACACCUACUUGCAUUGCCUGCAUUUACAGGCGACGUUGUAACUGCACCUGGAAAGGGUGUUAUGGAAACAUUGCAUUCCUGAUAAAGCCGUACAUCAAAACACUGAAACGCAGUGCACUCUGUUAAGCUCACUGUGUGUGUAGGAGGAAUCCUUAUGCAAGUAUAUACUACAGAUGGCCAGUGCUGUCCAGUGUGCGUGAAUCAGCUUUGUAGUGUAUAAGGAUUCAGGUGCUGCUUAUUUCACAACUUCAAAUAAUCUAUGAAGUAAUGGUGCUUUGAGAAUUCAUUUAAAGUUAGUAAUAAAAGAUAUAGCAUGUAUGGUACACACGUUGAGUGCUAUACAGGACGAUUUUAAUAUACAGUCCAGGAUCCUGGAUUUGGGACUCCUUGAGAGAAUUCAUACACAGACUGCUGCUGUCACAAAAUUGAGUAUUUGAAUGGUUGCCUUAUUUAUAGAAUUCAGUAUUUAUAGACAAUUUAUAUUUCAUAAAGAAAUCAUUUACACACCCUCAUAUUGUAUUAAUUUCUUUGUUCUGCUAUACACAAAAGAAGAUGUUUUGAGCAAUAUUUGUAACCAAACCAUUUUCAAGCACCAUUCACUUCUGCAGUAGUAUUUUUCCUACUAUGUAAGUCAGUGGUGCUUCUGUUUCCAGCUUAAUUACAAAUAUCUUCCUUUGUGUUCAGCACAAAGCAAAGAAAUUAC